AUGAGCAAGAAGACCGACAUUACACUCUACACCGCGACAACCCCAAACGGGAUCAAGGUUCCAAUCCUGCUUGCGGAGCUUGGACUAGAGUAUAAGCUGCACCACAUGAAGUUAAGGGAGAAUGAGCAGAAAGAGCCAUGGUACCUCGACAAUAUCAACCCAAAUGGUCGUAUUCCAGCAAUCACGGAUAUAUACUAUGAUGGGCGGCAGAUCCGAGUCUUUGAGAGUGGGGCUAUCAUGGAGUACCUUGUUGAUCGCUACGAUAAAGAUCACAGGAUCUCAUAUCCAAAAGACUCUCGCGAACACUGGGAGACAAUGAGUUGGCUUAUGUGGCAGGUUGGCGGAUUGGGCCCCAUGCAAGGGCAACUCGAGCAUUUCAGGAGAUACGCAGCGGAGAAGAUCGAGUAUCCGAUUAAACGGUACGAUCAGGAGACACGGCGCCUCUAUCGCACUAUGGAGACGCACUUAUCUAAGUCGUCUCAUGGAUUUCUCGUCGGUGACCGCCUGACUAUUGCAGAUAUUGCAUGCUGGGGCUGGGUUUCCUCUCAUAUCUAG